AUGAACACACAAUUCGGCGAAGUUUUUCUCUUUCUAACCGAUUUGGCUUGGAAAAGUAGAAUAACUAUACCGAUGCUGGUGACAACAGUCUUUCUCAUUAUGGAUAUACGUUUGCAAAUAGAAAUCAAUAUACAAACCGGCCAGGCUGCUGCAGAUUUAGAUGAUCUUGAUGAUGAUUAUGAUGACGAUGAUGACGACGAUGAUGAUUCAGAAGAUUAUACUAGUGAUGGCUCAAGUAAUGAAGACGAGAAUGCAAAUAUGUUUAUGGAAUUUGCACAUGAGCACAAUCAGCAGGAUAAUAAUAGCACUGCUAAUCGCUGGAGACGUUCAUUAGGCUUGAGUUAGUUUUUUUUUUUGUUUUUGUAAUAAAUGUGUAAAAUUUACUAUAUAUAUUUAUCAAUAUUUAAUUUCAUUAUAUACAAAAAUAAUACAUACCUUCAACUAUUAUCUUCAUAAAUAUAUUAUCAAAUAAUA